UGUAAUCCUUGUUUAAACCCACCAUUUUAGGUAUUAUAAUAUUACAUAAUGUCACAUUUUAUAUUUAUAUUUAUAUAGUGUGUGGUAGCAUAUCAGAAGGGGGGAAGAAAAAAAUAUUAAAUAUAAUGACAAAAAUGCAAUGUGAGUGGGAUUUCAGCCAACUCUUCUAAACACAUUACAAACUUAAACUUUUAAUUAUCACCUGAGUAUAAAAAAUGUGGAUUUGUGGCACAAGCUGUAUUAUUAAGAUUUCUAUACAUUAUGUUAUUUAUACAGAUGUAUAUUUAUAUUCAGUCUAUGAUUCGUAGGUUACUAGGCAGCACUUUCAUAUACAGUAACUAUGGUCAUACCUGAGCAACAGAAAGGUGUGGCACACACUCCAGAGGCCCGCCCUCUACCGUUGGUAAUGAUUAAGUCUAAUAACAUUUAUCCGCUAUGCAUUAGAGCAGUGAAACACAUUAUAAUUCAUAUUAACAUUUUAUAAAAAUGCAUAUAUUAAUUACUUGCGGCUGUUUUUAUAAUUCCUAUAAUAAUUUAGAGAGUCGUAUUGUACCGCCGUGGACUGGUGAUUUGGGUUGCCUUGUUCUGUGCACUACCCCAACAACCCGUGCGGUGAUGGCGAGGAAACCCCGUUGACAAGGCACUGCUUUUUCAUGACGCCCACAGAGCAAAGGGUGUUAAAUGACUGAAUCCAUGCUUCCUGCUGGAAAUCUGUGAGUGAUAUGUCCUCAAUAUGAUAAAACAUAUGCUAAACCUUCACAGCUCACAUACUAAUACUGCAGAAUAAAAGCAAAAGUGAUCCAUUGAGGUUUAUUGUCAUGAUUAAUGAAGCUACUGGUCAUUGAUUCAUGCUCAUUUAAACAUGAUCUACCCAUUUGUAAAACAUCACCCGUAUCCUCACUUGCUUCAUUCUAUCCCAAUAUCCCCCCAUACUCUCUCAGGUGUCAUGGAUGAUGAGGACGAUCGCCAUCUUCUGGAUAUUUUAGGAGAUGUGGAUGCGUUAAAUGACUAUCUCCAUGGCAGCAACAGCAAGUCUAUUGAGGAGGAUGAUGUAACAAAUGCAGCUUAUGGGUCAGAUGGAUCCUUCUUUUCUAGUGACACGGCCGGCUCCAACGCUGGCCUCAAGGAUGGCUCUUCUACAAUGGGUGAAUUCGGCGAGGAUUCAACAGGGGCAGGCCUCCAGCUCUCCAGCAGCCUCUCAUUUAUCGAGGAUGAAUUGGGGUCUGGGAACUCCCCCGGAGGGGUGGAUCUUGGGGGCGAGGACCAGCCCUUUGACAUCUUACAGAAGUCUCUCAUGGAGGCCGACAUCACGGAGCAGACGUUGGCCCAGGAGGCCUUACUAGACUCCCAGCCUGCUCCCACUCUGGUGCAGGCUCCUGUUCCCUUCCCCUCCCAGCUGGUUUCUGGGGGUUACGGAGGGGGAGUGGUAACCACGGCGACAGCUGCGUUCCCAACAGGCCAGUUCUUGCAAGGGGUGUCGCAGCUGCCCAACGGCUCCGCCCAGCACAUCCAGGUGUUGGGCUCGUUUGGGGCGGGCGGCGGCGUGAUGACUCUGAGCAGCUUGGAGAGAACUCCUCAGCUUGUGUUGAGGGCGGGGGCGCCUGUAGCGGCAGCGGGCGCCGCAACAGGGGGGCAGGUGUUUGCGCCGACCCAAGGCCAAGUCGGUUUGCCUUUUAAAAACAUCCCCCUUCAAAACAUCAUCAUCCAGAGAGGCCCGGGUGGCACCCAGACUCUCGUCAGACCUAUUCAGCCUAAACCCCUUCAAGCUGGGGCUCAGACUGUCUACAGCCUUGGUCUGCAGCCCACUCCCACCACCCUCGCUAACGUAGUUAACGCUAACACUGUUUCUCCGGGGGGGCAGUACACAGCCAAUGGCUCCAUUGUGGUGCAGCCGCCCCUGGAGCAGCAACAAGCACAGGCCCAGACAAACAUACCACCUGGUCAGUUCUUGCUGCCCAGCUCUCUGGCACUCACGCCGGCCACCUCCAUCCACAACGGCCCCGCUGACCCCAACUCAAACGCCCUAAUUACCAGUCAGAACGCGGUGCAGAUUGUCGCAGGGCAGAACUUCGCUGCACAACCAGGAGGCCAGCUCAUAUUGAAUCAGGGAGUAGUGAGCAGGAGUCAGGUUGGAGGGGGCGUAACUCAAACAUGGACCGGAGUGUCUUGUGCGAACCCCGCCCCUGUGCAGACGUCGUGCGCUCCUGGGCGGCUCACUCUGGUCGGCCCAGCGACGGCAGGGAUCGGCGGUCAAGGCCAAGUGUCGGCGAGCCCCGUUCAGCGCCUUCUAGUGACUCAAACUCAGAAUUGCACUUCUCUGUCUCCUUUAGCUGGUACUGUGACGCAGGAGCAAGACUACAGACAGAAUUCCUCAUCACCUGCCCUCAAACAGGUGCAGCUCAGCAGCAUCCAUGGCAUGACAACCAUAAGUCAAGAUUCAAAGAUGAACUCUCAGGUCAGUGCUCAGAAGAGACCUGUCCCUCCGCCACUUACAAGAGGAGAAAUGAUUUUACAACAGUUGAGGAACGAUCAUGCCGGAGUUCAGACUCCAGAUCAGCGUCGAUUCAAUUCACUCAACGAUGCACUGCAAAGACUCCUCCCAUACCACGUGUUCCAGGGGGCUCCACCCAGCCAGGAGGAGUUCUCACAGGUUGAUGAAGAGUUUGAGGUGGUUGCAACUCAAGUGCUGAUGAGGACCCACGCCAUGGUAAACAAAUACAGGCGGCUACUAAUGGUGGAAGCUGAGCGUUCCAGUCCGUCAUCAGAAAUGGUGAUGAUCGACAGGACCUUCAACCAAGAGGAGCGCAGCACCCUGACACAAGACAAGCGCAUGGUACUAGUGGAUCCAGACAGCUUUUUGGAAGACUUCUGUUGUGGAAUGAAAUCCAAACUUUUCCAAGAACCCUUCCCCUCGCAGGCGUCAUCCAGCUGUAGCUGGAAUCAGUCAGACAGAGGCUCUACGGAGCCGCCUUACAGGACAGACUCCCAGCCCGGGUAUGGAGACCCGGGAGGGGGUGGAGCUGCAGGACCAGGUGCAGCAGAUAGACUCCACCCUCCACUGUUAGAAAACAAGAGCGUCCUGGAACUGAAGAGAUCCCAGCAACACUACGGGCCCAGCAGCGCCAGCAACAACAGCCUCACCGCUGCCAACAGUUAUCCCCAAGGUAACCCCUCAGCUUUCCCAGCGACGUCGAGAGGACAGACGCACUACCAGGUGUCUCACCACCUGUCCUCCCACCCGAUCCAGCCCCAGUUCCCCCCGCAGCUCACCUCGCCCCCUCACCCUGACACAGACUCUGCUCUGGAGGCGGCAGUCAACAGCAUCUUGGAAUGUUAAGACUGAAAUCAUCCCUAAAGAAUUGUUUUUAUUUCUUUAUUUUUUUUGUCAAACUCUCCUGACGUAAGAUGUGUUGCAUUCCCUUAAAACCCCGUGUGAAGAGAGGUUCACUCUUCUUUCAGCUCCGGCCAUGUAGCAUGUAUUUAGUCAGUUUUCUUUUAUUUUUUGUGGGGGGGGCAUGACAUUGGAGUGAGUGACUCCGGAAAGGUGCCAGGUGAAUGCAGGCACUUAGAUUUACCUAUAAAGAUCCGGGAAUGUGUGCAAUGCAACAGACUCACAGACGGAAAGUGUUUCGUUUACUUUUACAUUAUUUUAAAGGGGUAGGGUCCACAAUUUCAGUAGCUUGAAUUUAAGAGUGUUCCUCUCUUCACACACACAUAAUUAUUAAAGGGAUAAAUCUUUUUUUUUUUUAAAGUGGGGUUGUAUGAGGUACUUAC